AAACAGCCGCAAAUAUACACACGUGCUAAGUUCAUAAACAAUACGUUAAAGUUUCAGAUAAUUAAUCCUAUCUACAAAACAUUUUAAAAAUAAAUUAGAUAUAUAAUAACUUUUGUAUAUUAUGGCUAGAAGACCUGAGCACGCAGCACCACCUGAGAUUUUUUACAAUGACGACGAGGCUAAUAAAUAUUCAACCAACUCUCGUAUUAUUGAAAUUCAAGUUGAAAUGGCUGAACGCGCUUUAGAGCUACUUGCUCUUGAGGAGGAAGAAUGUAAAUUAAUAUUAGACAUUGGCUGUGGUUCUGGUCUCUCAGGUAGUGUCCUAGAAGAUAAUGAUCAUGUGUGGAUUGGUGUAGAUAUAGCAGCAUCUAUGCUAAAAGUAGCUGUAGAUCGUGAAGUUAGUGGAGAUUUAUUAUUGACAGAUAUGGGACAAGGCAUGCCUUUUAAACCUGGCACAUUUGAUGGUGCGAUAUCCAUAUCGGCAUUGCAAUGGCUUUGUAAUGCAGACAAAAGCUCACAUAAUCCACACAAACGUUUAUAUAAAUUUUUUUCCACAUUAUUUUCUUGCUUGACACGCACUGCUCGCGCAGUUUUUCAGUUUUAUCCGGAAAAUGCGGAGCAGAUAGAAAUGGUGACAUCACAAGCUAUGAAAGCAGGCUUUUAUGGUGGUUUGGUAGUUGAUUAUCCAAAUUCAACUAAAGCUAAAAAAUAUUUUCUAGUUUUAAUGACAGGAGGAGCUGCACCAAUGCCUAAGGCAUUAGGCACAGAAGAGGAUGAGAAACGUAUACGAUAUAUAAAAAAACGUGAAAUGUGUAGAGAAGCACGUGGAAAGCCUUUGAAAAAAUCAAGAGACUGGAUCUUAGCUAAAAAGGAGAGGCGACGUAGACAAGGUCAAGAAACCCGUCCUGAUACAAAAUAUACUGGACGAAAAAGAAGCGGUCGUUUUUAGAUUUUUUUUAUUAAUUAGAUUUCAAAAGUCAUAUAGUAACGAAAUAAAAUAAAACAAAUUGAUUUAA